AGCUUAAGUAAGCGCCCGAUCGGGAAAAUUAUCCAAGUUUGUACACAGGAAGUUUUUAUAAAGCAGAUCCAUCUUUUUGUAGACCAUAUUACCGUGGUCUUUUCUAUUUGACAAGUUAGUCAGCCCCAGUAGGUUCUCAGCCACAUCGCAGAGCUUCCACCUGUGACCUAGCUCUCACUUCCAUGAAACCAUCCGGCUACUUCAGAAACACUCAGUUUUCUCAAUUCAAGUCGAAGCACAACUCACCGCAGCCCCCAACCAUCAACACCGGGUCUCCCACCAAAAACCCCAAACUCAAGAGUCUCCUUCCGCCUUCUGUCGCUGAAACGCCCGCCAUGACGAGCGAACCCGAAAAGACGCCUGUGCGCGCGACGCGGCUCAAGUCCAAGCUGGGCUCCGUCGGAAAGAAGGAAGAGCCGAAAAAAAAGUCCGGGCGCGUUGCGAAGAAGCGCAAGAUGCGCAAAGCGUCUGUACUGGAAAUCCAAGAAGGUAGUCAGGACGCUCCAAUUGUGGUGGAAACCGAAGCAGCGAGCGGAACCAAAACCAUCUCACCUGUGACGCCCGCGCGCGCCCGCCGUACACCCAAGUACGCGCCCAGCCCCAUGUUCCAAGAGCGCUUACGCGAAUACCUCGCACUCAAAACCCAAAUACCAGACUUGGCCCCGGCGAUGGAAAAGUACGGGCCGAGUUCAGAGAGUCUGAGUCCGGAGCAGAGCCUCGACAAGGGUACUACGCGCGCGACUCCAGCGUACACAGAGCUGUCGCCGCUUCGCUCAACUUUGCCUCCCGUCCACCAACAACCCUUCAGACCCAAGUCCAAGAAAAGAAAGAGGACUAAGAACUCUGUCACGCCCCCCUCCGACAGCGACCUUCUGAGACCCACCACGCCUCUCGAAGACCCCGAAAUCCACGAGUUGAACUCAUCACCCAUCAGACCCAAGGUAUCCACGGUUGUGCCGAACGACGAGGCUGGUAUGGAUUUGUUCAACGUGAUCGGUUCUGAUGUACCGGAAGAAAUGGAAAGUACAGAGAAUAAAGUACUUCCAGUGGAAGAUGGAGCACCUUUAGUGGAGGGUGAAGUACCACUUGUGUGCGAAGCUGACCAUGUAUCACCCUCCGCACAUGCGCCAUCUUUGUGCGAAACCAGCCCACAUGUAUCGCCCUCCGUGUGCCAAGCUGAUGCAACGCCAUCGCACAUUUUGGAGCCAAAACCAUCUCGUGUUUCCCUCUCCAUGUGUGCACACAACACUGAUGCACUCAUGCUCCCUCCACCACACACAUAUCCUUCGGAACUUGUAUGCCAUUCCGAUCCCGUCACCGACAGAGACCCCUUGGAUCCCUCUCGCUCGGACCUCUCUCGUUCGUCCCCCCUCAAACGCGUCACCUUCAGUGAUAACAUCCACUUUCAAGCCUAUUCCGAGGACUGUGUUUCCCCCUCUGGAACCCCUACUUCCGACGCUUCCCGCUCCAAGUCCAUCCUUCGCUUUUCCUCACCAUUUGUUUCACCGGCAAACUCACCACGCAAAAAGGGGUAUCCCACCACAGACGACUUCUGGGAUCGGGGGAUUUUCGUCCUGUUGCCCGCAAAACCUGCCACAGAUCGUCAGCGGCUUCAACAAUUGACUGUCAUCGUCGAUGAAUGUAUUGAAGGUUUGUCCAACCCGGCUUUAAACCGCAAGUUUGAAGUCUACGGCACUCUUCACUACUGUCUCACCACAGCAGAGGCGAUGUUUCCGGCGGAAAGCACCGCCAAUCCGCGCGUGAAGCACGACGGGCAAUUCAAGGUCUUGUUCGGAUUGUUCAACAAAGAGGGCUCCUCCCACAGUUCUCCGGUACGGAUUACACGCCAACGCAGCGCCAGCACCCUGGGCCCCGCCAAGGGCAGUGACCACGCCGCAAAACUCUUCCGCUUCAUCCAAAGGGACGUGGAAACGGGCGAAGAGGGAGAUAUUCUGGACCCGUUUGUGACGCGCACAUCCGUCCAGGCGGUUAAGAUUAUCGAGCUUCUUAUUAGUUAUCCCGAGUUCCAGACUCUUCUCGGUGCGCGUGGCGUGACGUGGUUUUACGCACGCGCAUGUGCAGUGAUUGCGUGUGCGACGGUCCCUAAGAGUCUCAUGUCGUGCUACAUUUCGGCACUCAAGUGCUGCAUGGCCAUGCCCGCGGGGCUGCUCGUUCACCAGACAUUGGCGUUUGAUCUCCAGGAGCAGACGCUUCACGCAGUCAUGAACAUGAAGUUUUAUCCGUCGAACUCCCUUCUUUGGGAGAAAUUGACGCUUUUACGGCGUAUUGUUGUGCGCUUCGGCCCGAUGAUGAGCAAGAAUGCCGUUGUGUGGGUCGGCUAUGUGUUGCUCAAUGUGGUGGCGAUUGUGGGCGAUCUGGAGGAGGGUUCGGUGAGUGGGAAGAUUAUGAACGGCGCGAUUCUUCUCUUGAUGGAGGUGGCCAAGGUGUUCCUGGAUGACAAGACGGUGCAACUUGUGGUUUGGCGGGUGUUGAAUGGAGAGGUUCCGGAGGUGAAGUGCUUUUUUUCCGCGGGAAUGCUCACGAUACCUCUGCGGGUGCUCGUGGAGACUCCAACCGAGCUUACAGCGGCAGAACCUACCGCCAGGGAGCCUGGUCCGAGGAUUGUGGGGACCCCCGGUUCCGUGUUGGACCAUGUUCACGACGCACUCCUUCUUGCGCUUAAGCACAACUACCACAAGCCCACCAUGGACGUCUGGCUCUCCCUCACUCUCCUUAUGGGUCCCCAUCUCCUCCGUUUUGGCAGUGCAGACACUGCGCGCCUUGCCAAGUGGCUCAAUAUCCACAAAACCUGCUUUAAUCUGAACAGCAACGAGGGCAAGCUUCUCGCGCUCAAAGCCUGGAAGUCGUUCGUCUACGUCGUGUGCACCAACUUCGAACCCCAUCCCACGACCAAGAAGCAACUCAUUCACCAUAGCGCGUGUGUCAAGCUCCUCCUUCAUCCAUUCACGGGCAUGUCCAUCAACUACCGUAAACACAACGACAAGCACACGGAGGCGAUGGUGGACGAGCUCCACGGCUUGUUCUGUGCGAUUCUCUAUACGCUAUUCAACCCGUGCGCGAAGUCGUUCAAAGGCAUGGGCGACCAGUUGGAGCGCUUCUGGGAGCCAGUUGUGGUCAAGGUACUCGCAACGUUCUACUUCAACGCGCACAAUUCAUCCGCGUACCAGCACCGCCUCGGGUUCCAGCUCGUGAACCGCUUGAUGCGUGCGGCGCCCGCGCCCUCGUUCAAUCCGUUUCGGUGCUUGGCAGCGGAGCCGGUCGCGUGCGACGAGCUCGCGGGCCCUCAUCUGCGCUGGGCCCUUGCGCACUCGCAGGAUUUGCGGGACUUGCUCGCGACGGUGGUCGCCAACAGUGCGUUGGGGUGCGAGGAGGCGAUGGGGUUGUUUGCCAGCUACCUCGCGUGCGCGCGCCCUUGGGUGAAGAAGGAGUGCGCACGCGGGGAUGUUGCGGCCGCGCGUACAGACAUUGACUUUGUGCGCGACACCGACGUGCUCGCGUACGUCAAGUCACUCCCCGCCAUCCUUCGCUCGAUCCUCGCCACCAACACCUUUGCGCUCGCCCAGCUCUACAGGUUCAUCGCGCUCUUGAGCGACGCGGUUGGGUUCUCCCAGCUCUUUGGCAACGAGGAGAACUGCAUCGACGUAAUUCUUCGUGCGGUUGGUCCCGACGACCCUCAAUUUGUCAAGCUCGUCCAGUACAUCGGCAACAUGUUGGGCACCAAGAACUUGAUCUUCGUAGGCGACAUCCUGCGGAAGUAUCCGCUGGGGUCACUUCGUGCGUAUUGUCUUGCGACGUUUGCAGACAAGAGCCACAAGAAGUUGACAGCGCUUGAGUACGUUGCGUUCGGCAAGUUUCUUGCGGACGAUUACACUGUCGCAUCGCCAAUCUUGGAGUCGCUCGUGGCGAAUCUCUUUGCCUUGCCGGAAGCUGAGACCAUCCAGAGCUUGAAGCUCUUGUCCGUCGCAACUUGGGGCCCUCAGGCGCUGGCCAAGAUGUUGCGUGUGUGUCGUGGCGUGGCGUCGCGGCUCGCGCGCGAGUUUGAGGUGGAAUUGCUCCGCGUGAAGUGCGAGACCCCGGAGGUGUUCUUCCACCAGCUAUGGCCGCUUUUGACGCCGGAGGCGUUUGACGAUCUGUUCCUUCUCUUGCGCGGGGUGAUUGUGGAGGCAGUCGCACAUGCACCAGCGUUCGCAAACCUUUGGAGGGGAUAUCUCCUUUCGUUGCAUGCGCGGGGCACGCUUUCAGUGUACGACCAGCACGUUACGACGAUGCGUGAGCACGGUUUGGGAAUGGAAAUGUGGGAGAUCGAAGGGAAAUGCGAGGAGACUGAAACGACCGCAAAGGAGAUUUUCGUUGAAAAUGGGGACACGUUUGGUCUGUUGAAUGCGCUUAGCAAGGUCUCUAGCCCGUCGCAGGCCAACUCUACUCUAUCAGAUGAAACCAUUCCGUCUAUCUCUGUUCUGUCGGAGAAUAUGUCUGUCACGCAUACCACACUCUCUGCGCCAUUGGACGAAGCUCAGUCUAUAACUGAAGGUGUUGCGGUGAACGAAGUGUUCGUCAAUGAUACUUUAAAUAAAGAUGAAUCCUCGAACAAAGAUAUAUCCGUGGAUGUGUCCGCGGAGAAUGUCUUUAGGGGCAAAACAGUACCCGAAAAGGCUGCUGGAGUCUCAAUGGAGAGUGAUAUGCCCAAUCAUGGAACCCUGGAUGGCCCUCUCAACCAGCAACCAGACGCAAGCCUUGGCAUGGGGCUCGGGAAACAGACAGAACUUGAGGAAUUUGAAACUAUUGCCGAGCCAAUGAUGAAUCCUCUUAUUUCUGGAGUUCAGGCCGAGUCCAAAGACCUGACCCUGGGAGGAAAUGAACCCGGAGCUAAUGACAUUCGAGAAGGCAGUGCUGAUGCCUUUUACGAUUAUAGCAAACCUUCCACCUUCCACGACAAGCUUAAUGAGAGAGGCACCCCCGAAAUCCCCGACGUUUCUGUCUCUCCUCAAAAGCGCAAGGCUGAUACGGCAUUUGGUCAGGAAACCACUGGGUGUAGAAAGCUAUCCCAAGUGCAUGGGCCCGAAUCUGUCGUUUCCUUUGAGGCAAUCACUCCUGUGAUGGUGGUCGACGAGACCGGAAAGGCUGUUAUCACCACGGAACAGGUGUCUGAUACCAAGCCAGAGGCUCUCGAGAACGAGGUCUCCUCCGUCUCUGUAGAUCGUGUCAUGGGCCUUGUGGAAGUCUUGGAGGCGAUUCCGUUGGAUCGAUUUGGCCAGUUAGAGGAUGCCGGGAAGAGGAAAGUGAGGUUGAGGCUUUAUCAGAUUUUGCAAGCCAUGGAAGAGACCCGUUGAGGGAGCUUAGUCGUAUAUAAGUUUAAUGAUGUUAUGAAUUGAUUUGGCGGUAGGAAUACAUGAUCGGAG